UAUAACCAUUUGAAGAUGGCAUCAGAAGAGGAGUAUGAUGAUGAGUUUGAGGAAGAGUACUAUGAGGAGAGUUCAUCAUUCACCACCACGACUACCUCAAUGUCUCACGGUGUAGAGACUGGGCCUAGUGGCCUUCCCAGACGCACAGUCAGGAAGAAAGUGAAGGUGGACACCUCCAAGUUCAUGACCCCUUACCUGGCACACAGUCAAAAGAUGCUUGACCAAUACAGCCAUAAUAAAUACAGGGAGGAAUAUGAAAAAUCAAAGGGGCAGCCUUACGCCAUUUCGGCUGAUACACCUGAGAUGAUUCGCAUCAAGAAGGCACAGGAGCAGCUCAGUGAGGUGAAAUAUCGCAUGGAGGGACUGAAGGCCAAAACCACCAGCCUCUAUGAUGGUGAGGCUCGUGAGAUUGCCCAUGUGAAGCGAGUCUCUGAGCUUAUCAGCAAAGUUCUGUAUAAACAGAAAUGGGACGAGACCAAGGAUCGGUACCUGCUCCCUCCCGAUGCCCCUGAACUGGUUCUUGCUGUGAGAAAUGCAGCAAAUUACAGCAAGAAACUGUACACAGAGGCAUGGGAUGAGGAUAAGACCAUGUUCUAUCCAUACAGUGACAGCCCAGAGCUGCGCAGGGUGGCCAAGGCCCAAGAAGUCCUAAGCGAUAUUGUCUACAAGAAAGGCCACAAUGAGCGAAAGGCCAAGUACACGUCUCUGGCUGAUCCCCCAGAAAUGGAACUGGCCAAGAAAAACUUUGCCAAUCGCAGUAAUCUUAAAUAUCAUGAGGACUACAACAAGAAUGUUAAGGGCAAGUGGUGUGAAACUCCUUAUUUUGAUGUCGCUAUUGCAAGAAUGGCUAUGGACAACCUCAGUGAAAAAAAGUAUACGGCUGCUUUCGAAGACAUGAAAGACCAAAUUUAUUUCAUGCAAACUGACACACCAACAUAUGCCUCCAAUAAAAAGGCUCGUGAAGCUGCAAGUACAGUCAAGUACAAGAAGGACUAUGAGAAGACAAAAGCAGUGUCUGAUUACAACGUUCUCCCUGCUACAGAGAACCCCCUUCUCAGACAGCUGAGAUACGCAGGCACCAUCUUGAGUGAUAAAGUAUAUAAGGCUAGCUAUGAGAAAUCAAAAGGAUUCAGUAUUAAUUACUGCGACACUCCCAAAUUCAAGAUGGAUAGUGUACUGAAGAAGUUCAGUGAUGCACGUUAUAAAGAGAAAUAUGAAAAUGAGGUGAAAGGUCAUUAUGUUGGUAGCUUUGAAGAUAUAUUUUCAGUUCACUGUCAGAAGAUGGAAGAAAUGAAGAAUGAUAAAAAUUACAAAGCAGAUUAUGAGGAUAUGAAGUCAAGAUGUUUCUUCCCUCAAACUGUUACGCCAGAAUAUGAAGCCCAUAAGAAGGUCCAGCAAUGUAAAGAUAAAGUGUAUCGCCAACAUCCAGACAAGGUGAAGUUCACACAGGUGACAGACUCACCUGUCCUAGUGCAAGCUGCCAUCAACGCCAAACAGCUGAGUGAUCUCAACUACAAGGAAAAGUAUGAGAAGGAGAAGUAUAAGUGUUAUCUCCCUCCUGAUUACCCUUUCUUAAUUCAGUCCAGAGUUAACGCGUAUAACCUCAGUGAUACAUGUUACAAAUUUGAUUGGGAAAAGACAAAAGCAAAGAAAUUUGAGGUAAAAGGUGAUGCAAUUUCGAUCCUUGCAGCCCGCGCCCACACCAACAUCGCCAGUGACGUGAAAUACAAGAAGGAAUAUGAAAAGAACAGAGGACAGAUGGUUGGGGCCCUCAGCAUCAAUGAUGACCCCAAGAUCUUACACUCUGUACAUGUGGCUAAGAUCCAGAGCGAGCGUGAGUAUAAGAAAGACUAUGAGAAGAUGAAGACCAAGUACCAUGCUCCACUGGACAUGAUGCUUGUGACUCUUGCUAAGAAAUCUCAGGCUAUUGCCAGCAUGACUGGCUACAAGAACAUCCCAAAUCGUUACCUCAUGCCUUAUGACAGCAUACCACUGGACCAGGCAAAAAAGGCCAAUGCAAUCCAGAGUGAUAAUGAGUACAAGUCAGACUACAAUAACUAUGUCAAAGGAUCACCAUGGGUGCCUUAUGGCUCCUUGGAUGUUGAGCAGUCCAAGAAAGCAGCAGAUAUCUUAAGUGAGAGAAAGUACAGGCAGCAUCCAGAUACUGUACCUUUCACUGCCAUAGAUGACCAUCCUAUCCAGCUGCAGGCUAAAGUCAACCAGAUGAUAAGAAGUGAUCUGCACUAUAAGAAAGGUCUGGGCGCAGUCCUUCAGAAAUACUCCCUGCCUCCUGAUGUGCCAGCGUUCAUUCAGGCAAAGUGUAACGCCUACAACAUAAGCGAUAAAUUCUAUAAGCAAGAAUGGCUGAAGACUAUUGCAAAGGGGUAUGAUUUGAAGCCUGACGCAAUCUCUGUUAUUGCUGCAAAGGCAGCAAGACGCGCAGCUAGUGAUGUUCAGUACAAGAAACAGUAUAUGAAGGAUAGAGGCCAUCAUGUCGGCUUCCGUAGUCUCCAGGAUGACCCCUUGCUGGUGCACUACAUGCAUGUAGCCAAGAUGCAGAGUGAAAAGAACUACAAGAAGGAUUACCACAAGUCCAAACUGAAGUACCACUCCCCUGUGGACAUGCUGAGUGUCCUGCAGGCCAAGCGUUCAUCUGCAGUUCAAACAUAUGCAGGAUACAAGCAGCCUAUACAUCAUUACACUUUGCUUCCUGGUGCUAUGCAACUGGAGUUAGCGCGCUCCAUGAACGCCAGCUCCAGUGAUUAUCAGUAUAAACUGGAUUACGAGAACUAUGUAAAAGGCACUGGCUGGAUCCCCAUUGGCUCACUGGACGUUGAGAAAGCAAAGACUGCUGGUGCAGCUCUCAAUGAGAAGAAGUAUAGACAGCACCCAGAUACUAUCAAGUUCACCUCCGUUAUGGACACCCCAGUCAUGGAACAAGCCAAAGUGAACGCACAGCAGCUAAGCGAUAGACUGUACAAAGCCAGUGGUGAGAAGUUUAUGCACACAUACCAUCUUCCAGCUGAUGCACCAGAACUCCUGCAAGCCAAAUACAAUGCUGUCAAUGUCAGCAAGACCUACUAUACUUACGCACACAAGCAGGAUCUUCUGAAGGGACACCAUAUGAAGCAUGACGCCAUUCCUAUUGUUGCUGCUAAGUCCUCUAGAGAUAUUGCCAGUGAUUACAAAUAUAAGCUCGCUUAUCAGAAGGCCAGAGGCCACCACGUUGGCUUCCGUAGUCUCCAGGAUGACCCCUUGCUGGUGCACUACAUGGAGGUGGCUAAGAUGCAGAGUGAAAAAAACUACAAGAAGGAUUACCACAAGGCCAAGCUGAAGUACCACACUCCCGUCGACAUGCUUAGUGUUGUACAUGCCAAGCAUGCAUCUAAGAUUCAAACAAAUGCAGGCUACAAGCAGCACCACCACAACUAUGUCCUCCUUGCAGAUGCCAUGCACAUUGAACUGGCUCGCAACAUGAUGGAGAUCCAGAGCGAUAAUUUGUAUAAAUCAGAUUUCAACAACAUCUUCAAAGGAGCAGGUUGGGUUCCCAUAGGUUCUGUUGAUGUCGAAAAGGCCAAGGUUGCCAAAGCCGCUCUGGAUGAGAGGUCGUACAGAGUACACCCCAGUACACUGAAAUUCUCCAGUCUGACAGACCAGAUGAAUAUGGUCUUAGCCAUGAGCAACACAAAACUACAAAACAAAGCUGCCUAUAAAGCCUCUGGAGAGAAAUUCAUGCACACCUACAAUUUACCUGCGGAUACCCCAGAAUUCCUGCAGGCUAAAUAUAAUGCCCAGACAUUGAGUGAGUCACACUACAAGGCUCAGUGGCUUGCGGACAUUGCCAAAGGCUAUGACAUGAAAGCUGAUGCUAUUCCCAUAAUUGCUGCUAAACAUGGAAGACACAUUGCCAGCAAUUAUCAAUACAAAAAAGAAUUUGAAAAGGCAAGAGGCCACCAUGUCGGCUUCCGUAGCCUCCAGGACGACCCCUUGCUUGUGCACUACAUGGAGGUGGCUAAGAUACAGAGUGAAAGGAACUAUAAGAAGGAUUACCACAAGGCCAAGCUGAAGUACCACACCCCUGUAGACAUGCUGAGUGUUGUGCUGGCCAAGCACGCUACUGCGGUUCAGACAAACGCUGGAUACAAGCAGCACCGCCAUCACUACACCCUCCUACCUGAUUCCAUGCAACUUCAGUUAGCUCGCUCCAUGAACGUCAGCUCUAGUGAUGUUGAUUACAAGAGUGAAUACAACAGCACUAUGAAAGGUAUUGGAUGGGUGCCCAUUGGUUCAUUGGGAGUAGAGACUGCAAAGCUUGGAGGAAAGAUUCUGAGUGAUCAAAAAUACCGCACUCACCCCUCAAGUUACACCUUUCAUAAGCUUAUGGACUCCAUGGACCUCGCUUUGGCUACUGCCAACAACAAGAUUAUGAACAAGAAAGACUACCAUGCUGCCUGGGAAAAGGACAAACUCAAAGUUCAUGUGAUGCCUGACAGUCCUGAAAUUGUCCUGGCUAAGGCCAAUUCAUUGAACAUGAGCCAGAAACUCUACAAAGCUGGACUAGAAGAAAUGUACAAAAAGGGCUAUGAUCUCAAAGCAGAUGCCAUUUCGAUUGUUGCUGCCAAAGCCGGCAGGAAUAUUGCUAGUAAUUAUAAGUACAAGCUGCAAUACGAGAAGGAUAGAGGCCACCACGUUGGUUUCCGCAGUCUCCAGGACGACCCUUUGCUAGUGCACUACAUGCAGGUAGCUAAGUUGCAGAGUGAAAGGAACUACAAAAAGGAUUACCACAAGGCCAAACUGAAGUACCACACACCUGUGGACAUGCUGAGUGUCGUGCAGGCCAAGCAUGCCUCUGCGGUUCAGACGUAUGCCGGAUACAAGCAGCACCACCAUCACUACACUCUGCUUCCUGAUGCCAUGCAACUGCAGUUAGCUCGCUCCAUGAAUGUCAGCUCCAGUGAUGUUGAGUACAAGAGUGAAUACAACAGCAUUAUGAAAGGUAUUGGAUGGGUGCCCAUUGGUUCAUUGGGAGUAGAGACUGCAAAGCUUGGAGGAAAGAUUCUGAGUGAUCAAAAAUACCGCACUCACCCCUCCAAUUUCACCUUCCAAAAGCUUAUGGACUCUAUGGACCUCGCUUUGGCUACUGCCAACAACAAGAUAAUGAACAAGCAAGCAUACACAGAUGCUUGGAACAAGGAAAAGCUGAAGAUCCAUAUAAUGCCUGACAGUCCUGAGAUUAUUCUUGCAAAGGCUAAUGCAAUCAAUAUGAGUGAGAAAGCCUAUAAAGCAGGAUUGGAGGCCAUGAAAAAGAAAGGUUAUGACCUCAAAGCAGAUGCAGUAUCAGUGGUUGCAGCCAGGACCUCCACAAACAUUGCCAGCGAUUACAAGUACAAAAAGGAGUACAAUAAAGCAAGAGGACAUCACGUCGGAUUCCGUAGUAUUCAGGAUGACCCCUUGCUGGUGCACUACAUGCAGGUGGCGAAGAUUCAGAGUGAUAAAUUAUACAAGAAGGAUUACCACAAGUCCAAACUGAAGUACCACUCACCCGUGGACAUGUGGAGUGUUGUUCAAGCUAAGCAGGCCACGGCUGCUCAGACCUAUGCUGGAUACAAGCAGCGCAUUUCACAUUAUACAGUUCUGCCUGGUGCCAUGAACCUGGAGCUCGCUCGCAACAUGCAGAUGAUUGCAAGCGAUAACAUUUACAAAUCUGAGUACAACAACUACAUGAAAGGAGUUGGAUGGAUUCCCAUUGGGUCUCUGGAAGUGGAGAAAGCAAAGACUGCUGGCCGGAUAGGCAGUGAGAAACAGUACCGCUCACACCCCAGUAACUUUAAGUUCACUAAAGACAUGUCUUCCAUGGAUUUGGUUCUAGCUGCAACCAACAAUGACAUUAAGAAUAAGCAAAAGUAUAUUGAAGCCUGGGAGAAAGACAAAACCAAGAUUCACAUUAUGCCUGAUGCCAUGGAUGUGGCUCUUGCUCGUCAGAAUAAAGCUAAUUACAGUGAGAAACUUUACAAACUUGCCAAUGAACAAGCAAAGAAGAAAGGUUAUGAUUUACGUGCUGAUGCCAUCGCAAUUCAAGCUGCUAAAGCAUCAAAUGCUAUUGCUAGUGAUUACAAGUACAAGACUGCAUAUCGUAAGCAAGUUGGUCACCACAUCGGAGCUCUCAGCAUCCAUGAUGAUCCACUGCUCAUGCUGGCCUUAAACUCAGCCAAGAUUGCUAGUGAUGCUCUUUACAGGAAGGACUUCAACAAAUCCAAGACCAAGUUCAACCUCCCAGUGGACAUGAUUGCUUUUGAAUUGGCCAAGAAGAACCAGAUUCAGGUCAAUGAUGCCAACUACAGAACUUACCUGCACAACUGGACCUGCUUACCAGAUUCCAAUGAUGUCGUCCAGGCCAGACAGGUUUAUGAUAUCCAAAGUGAUGCAGUCUACAAGGCUGAUCUGAAAUGGCUUAAAGGUCUUGGUUGGGUCCCUAUUGGUUCUAUUGAUGUUGAGAAGGUGAAAAAGGCUGGAGAAAUCUUGAGCGAAAAAACUUAUCGUCAGCACCCAAGCAACUUCAAGUUCACCUGCACAACUCAAGACAUGCCACUCGUCUUGGCCAAAGCCAAUAAUGAGAUUAUGAACAAGACGAAAUAUGUUGAAGCUUGGAACAAAGAUAAGACGACGAUUCACAUAAUGCCUGAUGCAAUGGAUGUGGUACUUGCAAAACAAAACAAGGUCAACUAUAGUGAGAGACAAUAUAAACUGGCCAAUGAACUGGCCAAGAAGAAGGGCUAUGACCUGCGCAGUGAUGCCGUCUCCAUCAAAGCAGCCAAGGCUUCAAGGGACAUUGCCAGUGAUUACAAAUACAAGACUGGUUAUCGUAAGCAAGUAGGUCACCACAUUGGAGCCCUCAGUGUGCAGGACGAUCCACUGCUUAUGCUGGCCUUGAACUCAGCCAAGAUUGCUAGUGAUGCUCUCUACAAGAAGGACUUCAACAAAUCCAAGACCAAGUUCCAUCUCCCAGUGGACAUGAUCGCAUUUGAAUUGGCCAAGAAGAACCAGAUCCAAGUCAAUGAUGCCAACUACAGAACCUAUCUGCACAACUGGACAUGCCUUCCAGACUCCAAUGAUGUUGUCCAGGCCAGACAAAAUUAUGACCUCCAGAGUGAUGCUGUUUAUAAGGCUGAUCUGAAAUGGCUUCAAGGCCUUGGAUGGGUCCCCAUAGGUUCGAUUGAUGUUGAGAAGGUGAAAAAGGCUGGAGAAAUCUUGAGUGAGAGGAAGUACCGUCAGCACCCAAGCAACUUCAAGUUCACCUGCACAACUCAGGACAUGCCGAUGGUAUUGGCUAAAGCCAACAAUACUGUUAUGAACAAGCAACAAUAUGUUGAUGCAUGGAACAAAGACAAAACCAAGAUCCAUGUUAUGCCAGAUGCUAUGGACAUUGUACUUGCAAAACAGAACAAGGCCAACUACAGCUUGAAAUUAUACAAGCUUGCAAAUGAGGAAGCUAAAAAGAAGGGCUAUGACCUGCGCAGUGAUGCCGUCUCCAUCAAAGCAGCCAAGGCUUCAAGGGACAUUGCCAGUGAUUACAAGUACAAGACUGGUUAUCGUAAGCAAGUAGGUCACCACAUUGGAGCCCUCAGUGUGCAGGACGAUCCACUGCUCAUGCUGGCCUUGAACUCAGCCAAGAUUGCUAGUGAUGCUCUCUACAAGAAGGACUUCAACAAAUCCAAGACCAAGUUCAACCUCCCAGUGGACAUGAUCGCAUUUGAAUUGGCCAAGAAGAACCAGAUCCAAGUCAAUGAUGCCAAUUACAGAACUUACUUGCACAACUGGACCUGCUUACCAGAUUCCAAUGAUGUUGUUCAGGCCAGACAAAACUACGACCUCCAAAGUGAUGCUGUGUACAAGUCUGAUCUAAAAUGGCUCAAAGGAAUUGGAUGGGUCCCCAUUGGUUCGAUUGAAGUUGAGAAAGCGAAAAAGGCUGCGGAAAUCCUAAGUGAAAGGAAGUAUCGUCAGCACCCAAGCAACUUCAAGUUCACCUGCACAACUCAAGACAUGCCACUCGUCUUGGCAAAAGCCAAUGCAGGCAUCAUGAACCAGAGAUCUUAUGUGGAAGCAUGGGAAAAGGAUAAGACCAAGAUCCAUGUAAUGCCAGACACAAUGGAAAUAUUGCUUGCCAAACAGAAUAAAACCAACUAUAGUGUGAAACAAUAUAAGCUUGCCAAUGAGGAGGCCAAAAUGAAAGGCUAUGACAUGCGCGGUGAUGCCAUUUCUAUAAAAGCAGCUAAAGCCUCUCGGGAUAUCAUCAGUGAUUACAAGUACAAGGCUGGAUAUCGCAAGCAAGUUGGUCAUCACAUCGGAGCCCUCAGCGUCCAGGAUGAUCCAUUGCUCAUGUUGGCCUUGAACUCUGCCAAGAUUGCUAGUGAUGCUCUCUACAAGAAGGACUUUAACAAAAUCAAGACAAAGUUCCACCUCCCUGUGGACAUGAUUGCUUUUGAACUGGCCAAGAAGAACCAGAUUCAAGUUAAUGAUGCCAACUACAGAACUUACCUGCACAACUGGACCUGCUUACCAGAUUCCAAUGAUGUUGUCCAGGCCAGACAGGUCUAUGAUCUCCAAAGUGAUGCUGUGUACAAGGCUGAUCUCAAAUGGCUUCAAGGAAUUGGAUGGGUCCCCAUUGGUUCAAUUGAUGUUGAGAAGGUGAAAAAGGCCGGAGAAAUCCUGAGUGAGAGGAAAUACCGUCAGCACCCAAGUAACUUCAAGUUCACCUGCACAACUGAAGACAUGCCAAUGGUCUUGGCAAAAAGUAAUGCUAGCAUUGGCAACAAGAAACUGUACACUGAAGCUUGGGACAAGGCUAAAACCAAAAUCCACGUUAUGCCUGACUGUAUGGAUGUUCUGUUGGCAAAACAGAACAAUAUAAAUUACAGUGAGAAAAGGUAUAAACUUGCCCAUGAAGAAUCUAAGAAGAAGGGCUAUGAUUUGCGUGGUGAUGCCAUUGCGAUUAAAGCAGCUAAGGCAUCCAGGGAUAUCAUCAGUGAUUACAAGUACAAGGCUGGAUAUCGUAAGCAAGUUGGUCAUCACAUCGGAGCCCUCAGCGUCCAGGAUGAUCCAUUGCUCAUGCUGGCCUUGAACUCAGCCAAGAUUGCUAGUGAUGCUCUCUACAAGAAGGACUUCAACAAAUCCAAGACCAAGUUCAACCUCCCAGUGGACAUGUUGAUUCUUGAACUGGCUAAGAAAUGCCAGAUCCAGGUCAAUGAUGCUAAUUACAGAACCUACCUGCACAACUGGACCUGUCUGCCUGACUCAAAUGAUGUUGUCCAGGCCAGGAAGGUCUAUGAUCUGCGUAGUGAUGCUGUGUACAAAGCAGACAUGGAGUUUAUGACUGGUGUUGGAUGGGUCCCCAUUGGCUCGCUUGAUGUCCUGAAAGCAAAGAAAGCAGCUGAGAUCCUCAGUGAUCGACUCUACAGACAGAAACCAGACACACUCAAAUAUACGCAAGAUAUGCAGUCCAUGCCCAUAGUGCUGGCCAAGACAAAUGCUCAAAUUAUGAAUCAGCGUCAGUACCAUGCAGCAUGGGAGGCUGACAAGAUCAAAAUCCAUAUUCCUCCUGAUACUCCAGAGAUUGUGCUCUCAACUGCUAAUGCAAUUACCAACAGUAGGAAACUGUACAGACAAAACGUUGAGGAAAUCUUCAAGAAAGGCUAUGACCUUAAAUCUGAUGCAGUCGCCAUCAGAGCAGCCAAAGCAUCCAGAGACAUUAUUAGUGAUUACAAGUACAAGACUGGGUACCGUAAGCAAGUUGGUCAUCACAUUGGAGCCCGCUGCGUCCAGGAGGAUCCACUAAUCAUGCUGGCCUUGAACUCAGCCAAGAUUGCUAGUGAUGCUCUCUACAAGAAGGACUUCAACAAAUCCAAGACAAAGUACCACUUACCAGUAGACAUGUUGACCCUUGAACUGGCUAAAAAAUGCCAGAUCCAGGUCAAUGAUGCCAACUACAGAACCUACCUGCACAACUGGACCUGCCUGCCAGACUCCAAUGACGUUGUCCAGGCCAGGAAGGUCUAUGAUCUUCAGAGCGAUGCUGUGUAUAAGGCUGAUAUGGAAUGGAUCAGAGGCACAGGAUGGGUUACCAUUGGCUCGCUUGAUGUAGAAAAGGCCAAAAAGGCUGCUCAGAUUCUGAGUGACAGGAAGUACAAACAGCAUCCAAGCAGCUUCAAGUUUACAAGCACCACAGAUGCUGUACCAUUUGCUCUUGCCCAAGCCAAUGCCGCUAUCAUGGACAAGAAAGCAUAUGUUGAAGCCUGGAAUAAUGACAAGAUCAAUAUACAUGUCAUGCCAGACACCCCUGAGAUUAUGCUUGGAAAACAGAACAAACUCAACAACAGCACUAAAUAUUACCGCCAAGACUAUGAGGAGAGCCUUAAGAAGGGAUACUUCCUGCCUAAAGAUGCCAUUGCAGUGAAAUCUGCCAAGGCCUCCAGGGAUAUCAUUAGUGAUUACAAGUACAAGGUUGGCUACAGGAAGCAACAAGGGCACCACAUUGGAGCCCUCAGCAUCCACGACGAUCCUUUAAUCAUGCUGGCCUUGAACGCCGGAAAGAUUGCUAGUGAUAAUCUGUACAAGAAAGAUUUCAACAAAUCCAAGACCAAGUUCCACCUUCCAGUAGACAUGUUGACUCUUGAGCUGGCUAAGAAAUGCCAGAUCCAAGUCAAUGAUGCCAACUACAGAACAUACCUGCACAACUGGACCUGCCUGCCAGACUCUAACGAUGUCGUCCAAGCCAGAAAGGUCUACGACCUGCGCAGUGAUGCUGUAUACAAAGCCGACCUGGAGUGGAUCCGUGGAUGUGGCUGGAUGACGCAAGGAUCUGUUGAUGUCAUCAAAGCCAAGAAUGCUCAAACGAUCCUCAAUGAAAAACUGUACCGCCAGCAUCCCAGCACUGUCAAGUUCACCAGUGCUGUGGAUCUGCCUGCCAUCGUCCUGUCCAAGCAAAAUGCUGAAAACCUCAGUGAUAGGAGAUACAGAGAAAAAUGGGAGAAAGAUAAGACAUCUGUCCACAUCAUGCCAAAUACACCUGCCAUUGAGUUGUCCAGAGCUAAUGCCAUUGCCGUCAGCAAUAAAAUGUACACCCAAAACUGGGAUGAUACAAAGGCAAAGGCAUACCACAUCAAAGAGGACGCCAUCUCUGUUAUUAAGGCCAAAGUCUCCAGAGAUAUAGCCAGUGACUACAAAUAUAAGACUGGUUAUCGUAAGCAAGUUGGUCAUCACAUUGGAGCCCGCUGCGUCCAGGAUGAUCCACUGAUCAUGUUGGCCAUUAACUCAGCCAAGAUUGCUAGUGAUGCUCUCUACAAGAAGGACUUCAACAAAUCCAAGACAAAGUACCACCUACCAGUAGACAUGCUGACCCUUGAGCUGGCUAAAAAAUGCCAGAUCCAGGUCAAUGAUGCCAACUACAGAACCUACCUGCACAACUGGACCUGCCUGCCAGACUCCAAUGACGUUGUGCAGGCCAGGAAGGCAUAUGACCUCCAGAGUGAUGCUGUUUACAAGGCAGAUAUGGAAUGGCUGAGGGGAUGUGGAUGGAUUCCCCAUGAGUCUGUUGAAGUCCUCAAAGUGAGGAAUGCUCAAAAAGUCCUUGCUGAUAGAGGCUACCGUGUUAAGCUGGAUGAGCAGAAAUAUACAACACCCAUUGACAGAAUUGACUUAGUCCGUUCCAAAAAUGCUGCUGAUGUUCUUAAUGAGGCUAAGUAUCGUGAGGCCUGGCACCAGGACAAGACUAAAUACACCAUGUUGGACACCCCACUUCUGGCUACAGCCAGGGAGGUUGCCAAACUGUACCACCCGAAACUGUACACCAAGAACUGGGACAAAGCCAAGGCCACGUCAUACUUCAUGCCUGGAGAUGCUGUCCCGAUUAAACAAUGCAUCAGCACCACAAAAGUGCAGAGUAAUUACAAGUACUUAGAGGGGUACCGUAAGCAAGUUGGUCAUCACAUCGGAGCCCUCAGCGUCCAGGAUGAUCCAUUGCUCAUGCUGGCCUUGAACUCAGCCAAGAUUGCUAGUGAUGCUCUCUACAAGAAGGACUUCAACAAAUCCAAGACCAAGUUCAAUCUCCCAGUGGACAUGCUGGCAUUCGAACAUGCAAAGAAGUGCCAGAUUCAAGUCAAUGAUGACAAAUACAGAACUCGCUUGCACCAGUGGACCUGCCUUCCUGAUCAGAAUGAUGUCAUUCAGGCCCGUAAAGCGUAUGACCUAGCCAGCAAUUACGUCUACAAAGCAGAUCUGGAAUGGAUUCGUGGUUGUGGCUGGGUGGCUGCUGAUUCUGUAGACCAUGUCAAAGUCAGAAAAGCCCAGGAGAUUUUAAAUGAUAGACAUUACAAGAAGGAUGCCAAGAACAACUUUGCUAGAUUCACACACAUUGUGGAUCGUCCUGAGAUUGUCCUGGCCAAGGUUAACGCCUUCAACCUUAGUGAUCUGAAGUACAAGGAAUCCUUUAACCUGGAGAAGGGCCACUACAUUGGAUCUGACGAUACACCACAAUUGGCUCACUGCAGAGAGGUCGCAAAGAUCAUCAGUGAGAAAUUAUACAAAAUUGGCUGGGAUGAAAGCAAAGCCACUGGCUACCAGCUGAACCAUGAAUAUAUGCCAGUACAAAUAGCCAAGAGGACCAGAAACAUGGUCAGCGAUGUCAAAUACCAUGAUGCCCAUGAGAAAGCCAAAGGCCACUACAUGGCUUCCACUCUCAUUGACUUCCCUGAGGUGGUCCGCUCUGGUCAUAUUGAGAAGAUGAAGAACCUGAGAGAUUACCACAAAGCCUACAAUGAAACCAAAACAAAGCUCCACAUUCCUGCUGACAUGAUCAGCCAUGUGGUUGCUAAGAAAUGCCAGGACAUCCUGAGCGAUGUGCAAUACCGUACACACCUUCACCAGUGGACAUGCCACCCUGAACAGAAUGAUGCCAUCCGUGCCCGCAAGGCUAACGAGAUCUUGAGUGAUGUGUUCUACAAAGAAGACCUUAACUGGAUGAAAGGCAUUGGGUGUUAUGCCUGGGACACUCCCGAGAUUGUGCGUGCCAAGAAGUCAUAUGAGCUACAAAGUGAUAUUAAGUACAAAGCAGAUGGUAAAAAGGAAUGGAACAACUACUCCAUUGUGACAGACACCCCUGUGUAUGUGACUGCCAUCUUGGGCCACACUUGGGCCAGUGAGUUGAACUACAGAGAGGCAUACCAUAAGGAGAAGCACAUUUACACCACUAUUCUUGACACCUAUGACUAUGCAAGAUGCUACAACCUGAAGCAGAUCUACAGCACCAAAGCAUAUUCUGCUGCUUGGGACAAGAUCAAAGCCAAGAGCUACCACAUCCCUCACGACUCCCAUGCCUUAGCCCAUGCCAAACAGCAGAAGGUCAUCUUGAGUAAUGUUAAAUACAAGGAAGAUUAUGAGAAGUUCAAGACCCUGUACAGCCUGCCUAAGUGUCUUGCGGAUGACCCAGCUACUGCAAGAUGUAUCAAUGCUGGAAAACUCAUACUGGAUCGUCUAUACAAAGACAACUAUGAGAAGACCAAGGCAAAGGUCCACGUACCUCCAGACAUGCUUGAUAUAGUAUCUGCACGCAAAACUCAGAAGACGGUCAGUGAGGUUGACUACCGUAAAUACUUGCAUCAGUGGAUAUGCCUGCCUGAUAUGCAGGUGUACGUGCACGCCCGCAAGGUCAACGAGCAACUAAGCGAUAUCUUCUACAAGGAUGACCUCAACUGGUUGAAGGGUAUUGGCUGCUACACUUGGGACACUCCAGAGAUUCUUCGUUGUAAGCAAGCUAUGAAUCUGCAGAGCGAUAAUCUGUACAGAGCUAAAGGAAUUGAGCACUUCAAGCAGUUCUCUGUUGUCACGGAAACCCCUGUCUAUGAGACAUGCAAGCAGAGUGCUUAUAACUUGAGUGAUCUCAAUUACCACCAUGACUAUGUCACAAACGUCAAGGGUAAAAACACUGCACCUGCUGUGACUGUUGAUACCGAAAGGGCUCGCCAAGCCAACUACAUCCAGAGUGAUAACUUCUACAAAGAGGCCAAUAAGAAUUUUAUGUCUACCGGCUAUGCUCUUCCUUACGACACUCCUCUCAACAAGCAGGCCAAGGCUAACAGCAUUGCCACCAGCAAUGUGAAGUACAGGGAAGCCUAUGAUCAGAUGAAAGCCAAGAGCUACACCAUUGAUCCUCAAGGCGUCAACUUUGUCACCAUCAGGAAGGCAAACAAGGUCACCAAUGAUCGACUAUAUCGUGAGAAAUAUGAGAAGGAAAAGGACAAGAUCCACUCUGAGUAUGACACCCCUGAGAUCAGACAGGUUAAGGCCACUCAGCAGGCCAUCAGUGAUCUGUGCUACAAAGAGAAGUACUACAACAGCAGAGGAACUCUUCUGCCCAUGCCCAUCACCCCAGAGCUAAUGCACUGCUUCCACGUCAAUGAGCUCAACAGCGAUCUGAAAUAUAAAGAGGAUCUGCAGUGGCUGAGAGGCAUUGGCUGCUUCAUGGCAGACUCCCCGGAGAUGGUCAGAAUCCGUGAGAUCACCAAGUUUAAGAAAUCAUAUGACAUCGAUGCCAAGAAGAACUUUGCCAACUUCAGUGUAGUUUUGGACACACCAGAGUACAAGCGUGUGACUGAGCUCAAGACCCACAUCAGUGAUCUGGUGUACCGCGCUGAUGGCCUUAAGGAGAAGACAAAAUGCACAACCACAGUGGAUGGGCUUGAUAUUCAAAGAGCCAAAUGGGCCCAGAAUCUGACUAACAAAUACCAGUAUGUUAAUCUGGCAUCCAAAGAGAGGGCCUUCUUCACCCCAGAGUCACAUACUCCCCUCUUGGAUCAUGCUCGGUCCAUGAAGGUGGUGUACAGUGAGAACAAGUACAAGGAACAGUAUGAGAAGAUGAAGCACAGGUACACUGCCAUCCAUGACACACCCAUCCUGGUUCGUUCCAAGAAAGCCUACCUCAAUGCCAGCGAUUUGCGCUACAAGGAGACCUUUGAGCUGUCCAAAGGACACUACCAUGCUGACAAGGAUGCCCUGGAUAUUCUUUGUGCCAAGAGGGUCAGGGAUGACAUCAGUGAGGUUAAAUACAGGGAGAAGUACAUCAGUACAUUGGGCACCUGGAAGUCCAUCCCAGACCGCCCUGAGUUCCUCCACAGCAGGGCUGUGAGGGACUGCAUCAGUGACAUCAAGUACAAAGAGGAUCUUGACUGGAUCAAGGGUAUUGGCUGCUACGUGUGGGACACACCUGAGAUGGUGAAGGCAGAGGCAAACAAGACCCUCUACAGCGAAAGACUCUACAGAGCAUCUUUUGAGAAGAACAGAGGCAACUUCAAGUACACAUGUGACACCCCAUUCUUCGAGGCUGCCAAGAAUGCUUCUCUUCUGAUCAAUAAUAGAUCCUACCGUGCCAACUAUGAAAAGUCUAAGGAUAAGUACACCAUAGUUGUAGAUGACCCUAGAAACAUCUUGGCAAAGGAGAACAGCAAGAUGAGUCAGUGGAAGUACAGAGAGCAAUAUGAACGUGCCAAGUCGAAAUACACAUCAGUGCUGGACACCCCUGAUUACCAAGUUGCCAAGCGCAGCAAGCAGAUCAGCGAUAUCAUCUAUAAGAUGGAAUACAACAAGAACAAAGCAACAGGUUACACACUUGGACAUGACACUCCUCUGAAUCAGCAUAUGAAGAAAGUCAAGGAGAUGACUAGCAAUCUGAAAUACAAGGAAAUAUAUGAAAAAAACAAGGCUCAUAUCAACAUGGCUCCUGAUGCUCAUGACAUUCGUGCAGCCAAAGAGGCCUACAAGAACAUCAGCAAUCUUGAGUACAAGAAGAAGUAUGAGGCCACCAAGAACAAAUGGAUCUGGACUGUGGACAGACCUGAUUUUGUCCAUGCUGCCAAGAACAGCUUCCAGCAGAGUGACGUUGAGUACAAGUAUGAUAAGGAAAUGCUGAAGGGCUGUGUAAUGUCCAUCACAGAUGAUAAAUUAACACUUCUGGCUAAAAAGAAUGCUGAGCUCGCCAGUGAUGUGAAAUACAGGGAGAAGUAUGAGAAGGCCAAGGGCCAGUACCUGGCUGUUCUUGACACUCCUCAGAUCCUUCAUGCUAAAUCAGUGGCUAAUCUUUCCUCUGAGAGCAAAUACAAGGAGGCUAGUAAGAAGGAUCAUCAGUCUGGCGGCUUCACCACUCUUGCUGUAACCCGUGAGACCGCGCACAGCAAAGAGGUUGCCAAAAUCACAAGUGAUAAACUGUACAAAGAGAAGUUUGAGAAGGAGAGAGGCAAGUCCAAUUACAACAACAUGGCUGUUCCACCUGAGGUACAACAUGCCAUGGAUGUGGCCAAGAACCAAAGCAACAUUGCCUAUAAGCAGGAGGCUAAAGCCAAGUUGACGUACACCUCAGUUGCUGACCGUCCAGACAUCAGGAAAGCCACUCAAGCUGCUAAGCUUGUCAGUGAGGUGGGUUACCGUGACAAGGCUCGGCAGGAGGCCAGCCGUGGUGGAACACUGCUCGGCCGCCCUGAUAUUGCUCUUGCCACUGAGGUGUCUAAGCUGACCAGCCAGGUGGAAGAAAAGCCAUCCUUCCAUGGUGCUGCCUGCUAUGACACUCCCCAGAUGCGCCACAUUAAGAAAAUGAGUGCCCUGACUAGUGAUGUGAAGUACAAGGAGAAGUUUGACAAAGAGAUGAAAGGAAAGAAACCCCAGUAUGACUUGAAGAACAGCAAGAUUUAUCAAACUCUGAAGGAUGCCAAUGAACUUGCAAGCGAGGUGAAGUACAAAGGUGACCUAAAGAAGAUUCACAAACCUGUUACGGACAUGGCAGAGUCCCUGUCUAUGCAGCACAACCUGAGCACCAGCAAGCUGUCCAGUGAUUACCAGUACAAGAAGAAGUUUGAGGAGAGUAGGGGUCACUACCAUAUGAUACCCGACACGCCUGAGCAGCUUCACCACAAAGAGGCCUCAGAGCUUCAGAGUCACGUGAAGUAUAAGGAAAAAUAUGAGAGAGAAAGAGGCAAAGCCAUGCUGGACUUUGAGACACCCAUUUAUGUGACUGCUAAGGAGGCUCAACAUCUGCAAAGUCAGAAAGAGUAUAAGAGGGACUUUGAGGAGUCAAUGAAAGGAAAAAACCUCUCUGGGUUGGAGGUCACCCCUGCCAUGAUGCAUGUCAGACACGCUACGAAAAUUGCUAGUGAGAAAGAGUACAGGAAGGAUCUAGAGGAAGGGGUGAAGGGUAAAGGGCUUACAGUGCUGGAGGAAACUCCUGAGUUACUGAGAGCAAAGAAUGCUACUCAGAUCCUGAGUGAGAGAGAAUACAAGAAAUCAAUGGAGCAAGAGAUCAAGGGAAAAGGAAUGCUGGCUUUGGCUACUGACACCCCAGACUUCUUGAGGGCAAAGAAUGCCACAGAUAUCCUCAGUCAGACCAAGUACAAACAGGAUGCUGAGCACGACAGAGCCACAUACACCACAGUCCUUGACACCCCAGACAUUCUCCACGCUCAGCAGAUCAGGAAUAUUGUGAGCCAGAAAAAGUACAAGGAGGAGGCUGAGAAGACUAUGUCACACUAUGUGCCUGUUUUUGACACUCCUGAGAUGCAGAGAGUGCGUGAGAACCAGAAGAACUUCAGCACCCUUCAGUACCAGAUUGACCUUAAAAACAGUAAGGGCAAAGUUUCAGCAGUAAAGGACACCCCUGAAAUGCUUCGUGUUAAAGAAAAUACAAAGAAUUUCAGCUCGAUCCAAUACAAGGAGGAGCUGGGGCAAGGAACAUCCAUAUCAGAAACCCCUGAGAUGAAGAGAGUUAAACGCAAUCAGGAGGCUAUUAGCACGAUUAAAUACAGGGAUUCACUAGGUCAAGGCAUAUCUAUACCCGACCUUCCUGAAGUGAAGCGUGUGUGGCAGACUCAGAAGAACAUCAGCUCGAUCCAAUACAAGGAAGAUUUGGGAGGAGGAACAGCCAUAUCAGAAACCCCUGAGAUGGAGAGAGUUAAACGCAAUCAGCAAAUUAUUAGCACGAUAAAAUACAAGGAUUCGCUUGGUCAAGGCACAGCCAUACAGGACCUCCCAGAAGUUAAGCGCGUCAGAGAGAAUCAGAAGCACAUCAGCUCGGUUUUGUAUAAGGACUCAUCUGCUAAAGGAACGCCUGUGAUAUUCACUCCAGAGAUGGAGCGGGUCAAACGGAACCAAGUACAAAUUAGCUCGGUCCUGUAUUCUGACAGCUUCCGUAAGCAGGUGCAGGGUAAGGCCGCCUUUGUGCUAGACACCCCUGAGAUGAGGCGUGUUAAAGAAUCCCAGCGUAAUAUCUCUGGAGUCAGAUACCACCAGGACUUUGAGAAGAGUAAAGGCAGCUUCACUCCCACCAUCAGUGACCCUGUAACUGAGCGUGUAAAGAGGAACACUCAGGACUUUAGUGACAUCAGCUACCGCGGUAUCCAGAGACGUGUGGUGGAGAUGGAGAGAAGACGUGCAGAGGAACAUGAUCAGGAGACCAUCACAGACCUGCGUGUAUGGCGUACAAACCCUGGUUCUGUCUUUGACUAUGACCCUGCUGAGGACAACAUCCAGUCCAGAAGUCUUCACAUGAUGUCAGUUCAAGCGCAACGCCGCAGCAAGGAGCAUUCCCGCUCUACCAGUGCAAUGAGUGGGGUGGGCGAUGAGAAGUCAGAGGUGUCUGAGAACGUAGACCACCAUGCAUCCCUCUACAGCAAUGGAUUUGGAGUGUCUUUAGGCUACCAGCAGGCCAAGACUGUUGAGGUUCAGCAGAGGUCCUCCUCUGUGGCAACACAGCAGACCACUGUUUCUUCUGUACCCUCACAUCCCUCAACCACUGGAAAAUCUGUCCGUGCUAUGUACGACUACUCUGCUGCUGAUAAUGAUGAGGUCUCCUUCAAGGAUGGUGAUGUCAUUGUGAAUGUGCAGUCCAUUGAUGAGGGUUGGAUGUAUGGCACUGUGCAGCGUACUGGAAAGACUGGUAUGCUGCCUGCCAACUACGUGGAAGCCGUCUAAAUAAAACCACUCCCAUAUCAAACUCCCUGUGGAAUGGAGGGGGUUUGAUAACCACUGGGCUUAAGACAUUCAGACUGAAAAAGGCUUGUUUUAUGUGUACCUAAUGUUAGUAAGCGUUUACCUACCAUUUUGUUUGUCCUCAAUGUAAUACAUGACAUUUCAUUUGUGCCCAUGCCACAAAACCUCUUGUGGUUGUGGUAUGAGAAAUUGACAAAAUUAUACAUACCUAUUUAAGUUAAAAAAAAAAAACUGUAUUUACCUUUUUUGUUCCAAGUCUAGUACAACAGUUAAGUAAAAGGAGCCCAUUAUUUUUGUAUAUUGUAAUCACGCUACCUUCAAAAAUCAACAUAUUUUUGAAAACUUUAAAGUUUCAAAAUUGAAACUUUUGCACAAGAGAUGGGCUCAUAGUUUGCUUCCUACAUGAAAAGGAAAACCUUCAGAGAUUUAUAGAAACUGAAUGGACAGAAGCAAAAAGUUGCCAAAUCAAGAAAACAAACAUUUUAACUUGCAAAUGUUGAGGAAUCACCAUCAAUUCCUCUAAAGUGAUAAAGUAAAAAAAAAAAAAAAAAACACGCCUCUCUCCCUCGUUGAAGGCUGGCCACUAUUUGCAUGCGUGUUUUGUUUGCUUGAUUCUGUAGGUGUGGGGUUAGAGGAAGAUGUAUACCUUGAAUCGCUAACUAAUAAAGCAUACCACGCUUCUGCAAUAAA